AUGCACCUGCUCGACCUCCACCGCCGCCAAGACCACGGCAGCAUGUCCGGCCGCGCCGACAGCGCCGGAGGCCGCCGCAAGUCGUCGCCUCUCGCCGCCGCGGGGGUCCCGGCGAGGCCCGGCGCGGGUAGUCCGGGCGCCGCCGGGACCUCGGCCACGACCACGUACCUGGGUGCGGAGGCGGCGGUGCUGCUGGCGUGCGUGACGGCCACGCUGCUGGUGCUGCCGCUGCUGCUGCCGCCGCUGCCGCCGCCGCCGCCGCUCGUCCUCCUCGUGCCCGUCGCCAUCUUCGCCGUCCUCCUGCUCCUCGUCCUCGUCCCCUCCGACGCCCGCGCCGCCGUCACCGUCGCCGCGCCCGCCUCCUCCCGCUCCUCCUCACACUCCUCUUACUUGUAG